GAGGAGCUGCCCGCGCGUCCGUCGCCACCGCUUUGCUCCACACCCGCCGGCGCAGCCCCGCCACGAGACUCUGACAGCGGCGCGGCCGGCGCUGCUAGGGCGCGCAGGGACGGACGGACGGCGGCAGCGGUGAGGGAGGACGCGAGGAUCGCGGCCCGGCGCCAAGUGCGGGAGACGCGCAGGGCCGGCGGCGCGCAGAGGUCCCCUCUGAAGCAGCUGGCAGCUCAGCAGGUGUUACCAUCUCUGAGGAGGGGGUCAGCCAGAAGAGCAAAAACGGAUGGCGUGGAGGCUGCCCAGGGUCUGAGGAGGGAACACAGUCCACAGCCUACUGGACCUGGAGCCUCAGAGUCAGGGGCUGCACUGCUGGGGAGAUUCAAGAAGAAUCGAUGCUUUGGCCCCCGGCGACAUGUACAUGGUGUAAUGACAGGAAAUGAGCAGGUUGGCAGAACUGGUGGCCUGAAAUUUAAGACUAAGGCGUCGGUGCUUGGCUCUGGCUGAGAACAUGGCCAAUGGCAUUGACGAGCUCAUCGGCAUUCCCUUCCCCAACCACAGCAGUGAGGUCCUGUGCAGCCUCAACGAGCAGCGGCACGAUGGGCUGCUCUGUGAUGUGCUCCUGGUGGUGCAGGAGCAGGAGUACCGGACGCACCGCUCCGUCCUGGCCGCCUGCAGCAAGUACUUUAAGAAGCUCUUCACGGCCGGCACCCUAGCCAGCCAGCCCUAUGUCUACGAGAUCGACUUCGUGCAGCCUGAGGCUCUGGCCGCCAUCCUGGAGUUCGCCUACACCUCCACGCUCACCAUCACUGCCAGCAAUGUCCAGCACGUCCUCAACGCUGCCAGGAUGCUAGAGAUCCCAUGCAUCGUGAACGUGUGCCUGGAGAUCAUGGAGCCUGGGGGGGAUGGGGCAGAGGAGGACGACAAGGAGGAUGACGAUGAUGACGAUGAUGACGAUGAGGAGGAGGACGAGGAAGAGGAGGAGGAAGAGGAGGAUGACGAUGAUGACACAGAGGAUUUUGCUGACCAGGAAAACUUGCCUGACCCCCAGGACAUCAGCUGCCACCAAAGCCCUUCCAAGACGGACCAUCUCACAGAGAAGGCCUAUUCAGACACACCCAGGGACUUCCCUGACCCCUUCCAGGCUGGCAGCCCUGGCCAUCUGGGUGUGAUCCGGGACUUCUCCAUUGAAUCUCUGCUGAGGGAGAACCUGUACCCCAAAGCCAAUAUCCCCGACAGGAGACCCUCCCUGUCUCCAUUCACCCCGGACUUCUUCCCACAUCUCUGGCCAGGGGACUUCGGUGCCUUCACCCCACUGCCCGAGCAGCCCAUGGACAGUGGGCCACUGGAUCUGGUCAUCAAAAACCGGAAGAUCAAGGAGGAGGAAAAAGAGGAGCUGCCCCCACCCCCACCACCGCCCUUCCCUAGCGACUUCUUCAAGGACAUGUUCCCUGACCUGCCUGGGGGGCCUCUGGGCCCCAUCAAGGCAGAGAAUGACUACGGUGCCUAUCUCAACUUCCUGAGUGCCACCCACCUAGGAGGCCUCUUCCCACCCUGGCCACUGGUGGAGGAGCGCAAGCUGAAGCCCAAGGCCUCUCAGCAGUGUCCCAUCUGCCACAAAGUCAUCAUGGGAGCAGGGAAGCUGCCGCGGCACAUGAGGACCCACACUGGGGAGAAGCCAUACAUGUGCAACAUCUGCGAGGUCCGCUUCACCAGGCAAGACAAGCUGAAGAUCCACAUGCGGAAGCACACGGGGGAGCGGCCCUACCUGUGCAUUCAUUGCAACGCCAAGUUCGUGCACAACUACGACCUCAAGAACCACAUGCGCAUCCACACGGGCGUGCGGCCCUACCAGUGCGAGUUCUGCUAUAAGAGCUUCACGCGCUCCGACCACCUGCACCGCCACAUCAAACGCCAGAGCUGCCGCAUGGCACGGCCCCGGCGCGGCCGCAAACCCACCGCCUGGAGGGCCGCCAGUCUGCUCUUCGGGCCGGGCGGCCCGGCCCCCGACAAGGCGGCUUUCGUGAUGCCUCCCGCGCUGGGCGAGGUGGGCGGCCACCUGGGCAGCGCUGCCGUGUGCCUCCCCGGCCCGAGCCCCACCAAGCACUUCCUGGCGGCACCCAAGGGCGCCCUGAGCUUGCAGGAGCUCGAGCGACAGUUCGAGGAGACGCAGAUGAAGCUGUUCGGGCGCGCUCAGCUGGAGGCCGAGAGGAACCCGGGGGGCCUACUGGCCUUCGCGCUGGCCGAGAACGUGGCCGCAGCGCGGCCCUACUUUCCACUGCCCGACCCGUGGGCCGCGGGCCUGGCCGGGCUACCCGGGCUCGCUGGUCUCAACCACGUGGCCUCCAUGUCUGAAGCCAACAACUAAGCUGGUCCUUGCCAAUUCCAGCCCCCCGCCCCACUGUCCCUUCUCCCACCAGCCCUACUCUGCCCCGCCCAGUGGGUCUGAACUUUUUAUUUUAAAAACACAAAGGGAAAAUGCAAAAAUAUCUAUUAACAACAAUGGUAUUUUCUGGGCCUUCUAAGGCAGCUGCCACCUUUUUGCUGAUGUGUGGGAUGAGCAUCUCCUCAGAAGGGCCUGGAGCCCUGGCCUCCCUCUCCCUCCCUGUCUCUUUUCCACUCACAUAGAAACUGGCAUGGGCCACUGGCUGGGUACCCUGGAGCACUUUGGAACUAUGAGAGCUAUAAGAAGGCCAACUGAUUGG